AUGUUACAACUAACUGAUGAUAUAUUAAUCUGUGGAAAAGAACAAAAUUAAUACACUUUUGCUUUUGGUGAUUGGAAAAAUGGCAUUGCUAUAUGUAAAUUAAUCUAGAAGGGCAACUAUGAUUACUAGUUGAUUUAAGAGCAACAAAGAUUAAUUGAAAAAGGAUACGUAAGAUCAAUUGUGCUUGUUACUUCCAAUACUAUUGCUUAUUCUGAUAAUGAUGAUCAUUGCUUGAAGAUAUUUGACAUCGAGCAAAGAAAAUAAAUUCACUAAAUUAAAUUAGCCAAACAUCCUCAUAUCUUUGUUGUGCAAGACUAUGACUAUGAAUUGAACCCAUUUGCUUUUGUGAAAGAUAAUGAGAAGAUAUCAUUGAUUAAUCUGAGAAACUACCAAAUUGUCAAAGUCAUUGAUUCUAAGUAUAAUCAUUUUCUAUCUUGGAAUAAGAAUGGCAGUUUGAUAAAUGAGAGAAUUAAGAAAGAAGAAGCAGGAUCUAUCUACAGACUCAUUGAUGUUCAAAGAGAUAAUACAUCUGUAGAGAUAAGAGAGAUAAUAGUUAAACUGCCUUGA